UGCCGCUCUGCACCACCAACCGAACGAGUAUGGCCGACGUGACCGUGAACGCGACGCUCCUGGGCUUGCUUCCCGCUGCCUCCUUCGAGAAACUGCAUGCCCUCAAGGGACUCGGAGUGUGCAUUCGAUGCAUCUUGCGGUAUGCGGCGAUUUCAGACCACGAACUCUACAGCCUCGACACUGCUGUGUUGAACCGCACGUGGGAUGCCUUUGUGGCUGCACACGGAGGAUCGGCCGUUCCCACAGGAUCGGCAGGUGUGUGUACGUGUUGCUUGGAUGUGUUUGAAGGCGCGCUUGGCGCUGCCGGUCGCGCCGAUCUCAUCGCCAAGUCGAAAGACAGUGGCUACGCGACGUCGACGUUUAUGAUUGCGAUUCAAAUCCCCAGCGCGACGUUGAUUCGUCAACAUGCACUCAACCACGUCGUCCAGAUCACGACGGUUCCCAUCGACCUCAAAGAAGUCCUCAAGUGGUGCUUGACGCCGCUUCUCGCGGCUGCUUUAAACCAUGCCGCGUAUGUCGCCACUAGCGACAUCAGCAUCCAUCUCCAUUUUCACCAUGAACUGUCGGAACAAGAGGCCAUGCAACUGCCCACGAUCCGCGACACGAUUGUGCAAAAUAAGAAGCGAAAGCUAGACAUCGACGCGUUUGGCGCUGUGACCCGCGCGUUGCAAACCGCCCUCCUCCACGCGUCCAACUUGCCAUCGACGUUGACGAGCCCUCCAACGGUCGCAGCGUCCCCGUGCACGUUGACGUACACGAUUGAGCGCGCGCCAACUUACUUGGCGGGUCGGUACUUGAAAUUCCAGCGCGGAUUGAGCCAAACCCCGUGGGUGCUCGAAGGCGAGCGGUUGGGCGAGUCGUCUGUGGAAGAAGCGAUUGGGGACAUUGUGCUGCCUCAUUUUCAAGCCAAGUCAUACAAGUUCCACACGGCGGGCCGCGAAGACGUGGACGUCCGGAUGCUUGGCAACGGCCGUCCGUUCAUUUUGGAACUAAUUGAUUCCAAGGUAGCGUCGCUAGCGUCGGCUGCGCAUUACGAGAGGAUACAAGCCGAAGUCAACUUGAAAAAUGUCGACCGCGUUGAAAUUCGACAGUUUCAACUCACGGACAAGAAAGGGUUUACGGUGCUCCAAGCUGGCGCCGAUUCGAAGCGUAAAACGUACUGCUGUGUCGUGUGGGUCGCAGACAAGUUGACUCGGGAACACGUGGCGAGAUUGAAUGGCAUUUCCGACUUGGCAGUCGCGCAAAAGACGCCGGUGUGAGAAAUGUCACUAAAGCGAGGGAUUUAUAAUGAAUAGUGCGAGUACUCCACCGCCGCACGUUGUUGACGCGGUCGAAAGUGAUUCACAGCGCCCAUGUGACAGUGUUAAAUGACCAUUACAUGCUGCUUCGACUCACCACGUCGGCGGGGACGUACGUCAAGGAGUUUAUCCACGGUGACCUUGGACGCACAUUGCCCAAUGUGUCGACAUUGCUGGGAUGCGAUGCCGACAUUUUGCAGUUGGACGUGGAAGAUCUGCUCGAGUAGAAGGCGCAAAACGAACGACAUCGUUCGUGGUCGCGUAAUAUAAUAUACUACACUGUAAUUCGCGGCCAAA